GCCCCGGAGCGCGUGGGCCGCGCACAAAUAGGCGGUGGAGCCCGGCCGCCUCGUGACCCCGUGGGGGCCGGGUGAGCCCCCAGGAAAGGGCCCUGCGGACUGGAGGCCGCAGAGGGGCCGCUCCAAAGUGCCUCCUCUCAGAGAGGUCUCCGGCUCAUAGGACCGCCACCAUCAAGGGGUUCCUGAGACGCCGGCGCUUGGAGGGGACCACCAGGCUCUGACCUAGAGAGGAUGGGCUUUCUGGAAGCAGACACCCCUGCCCCCACCCACGCUGGCCCCCUGACUCAGGCUCCAUCCCUGUCCCCUGUCUCCUUCCCCACAAUGCUGCUUCCAGGCAGGGGCGGGAGGAGGCAAUGCCAAGGCAGGGGCGGUCCCGUCUGUUCUGACUCUCCCUUUCCUCCCCUGCCCUACAGAGUCCUGAUGGCGGCAGAGCCGCUGACGGAGCUGGAGGCGGCCAUUGAGACGGUGGUCACCACCUUCUUCACCUUCGCGGGGCAGGAGGGCCGGAAGGGCAGUCUCAGCAUCAAUGAGUUUAGGGAACUGGCCACUCAGCAGUUGCCUCACUUGCUCAAGGACGUGGGCUCCUUAGAUGAGAAGAUGAAGAGCUUGGAUGUGAAUCAGGACUCUGAGCUCAAGUUCCAUGAGUACUGGAGACUGAUAGGGGAGCUGGCCAGGGAGAUCCGGAGGGAGAGGGCCCUGGAGACGCACAAGAAGUGAAGCUCCUGAGCAGGAUAGUGCUUGGCAGGGCCGGCAGGGCAGAACCCCCUCACACCGAAAAGCCUCUUCCUUGAAACACCCUCUCCUCUUUCUGCUCUUGGAAGUAGACAGUGGGAAAGUUCUGCCUUGACCCAAGAGUGGGUCCAAAAGUUAUGACCUUUUGGGGCGCCUGGGUGGCUCAGUUGGUGAAGCAGCUGCCUUCGGCUCAGGUCAUGAUCUCAGGGUCCUGGGAUCGAGCCCCCCAUCGGGCUCCCUGCUCAGCAGGGAGUCUGCUUCUCUUUCCCUCCACUGCUCCCCCUGCUUGUGCUCUCUCUC